ACCACUCUUCUUUUUCAUUUUCUUCAGCAUACAGAACGCGAAUUCACUCUCAAAUUCUCUGCAAUUGAGAUCUACAAUGAAGCUGUGAGGGAUCUCUUAAGUGGGGAUAACAACCCACUGAGGCUUCUUGAUGAUCCAGAGAGAGGAACCGUCGUUGAGAAACUUAUUGAGGAGACCAUCCAGGACAGAACACAUUUAGAGGAACUUCUUACAGUCUGUGAGACUCAGAGGAAGAUUGGAGAAACCUCUUUGAAUGAAACUAGUUCAAGAUCACAUCAAAUACUCCGGCUGACGAUCGAAAGUACUGGUCGAGAAUAUUCUCCUGACAACUCCAGCACUCUUGCAGCGUCUGUGUGCUUUGUUGAUCUCGCUGGAAGUGAACGUGCUUCUCAGACUUUAUCUGCUGGGACAAGAUUGAAAGAAGGUUGUCAUAUAAACAGGAGUUUACUUACUCUUGGAACAGUCAUCCGCAAACUAAGUAAAGGUAAAAACGGGCACAUACCGUUUCGAGACUCAAAGCUUACUCGGAUCCUUCAGAACUCUUUGGGAGGAAAUGCAAGAACAGCUAUCGUAUGCACUAUGAGCCCUGCACGUAGCCAUGUUGAACAGUCGAGAAACACCCUUCUCUUUGCAAUCUGCGCUAAAGAGGUGACGACAAAUGCUCAGGUCAAUCUGGUUGUGUCUGAGAAGGCUUUGGUGAGGCAAUUGCAAAAAGAACUGGCUCGAAUGGAGAAUGAGUUGAAAAAUCUAGGAUCUGCUUCUGGAGACUCUGACUUCUAUUCUUUGCUGAAACAGAAAGAGGAAGUGAUUGCAAAAAUGGAGGAACAAAUGAAAGAAUUAAAAUGGCAACGUGAUGUAGCUCAAUCCCAGGUAGAGAAUUUACUUAAAUCAUCAGCAGAAGAGCGGUCUUCUAGGAUGGAUGAACAAUCCAUGUUUAGCUCCAUGGAUUUUGAUGCCGAUCUCCGAAGAAGAAGCUAUGAUUUAACAGAUCUUGGAGAACCUAUCAAUAACUUAACCAAGAGGAACUUUGAGUUUUUGGAAAAUACUGAAGAAGAUGAUUUCCUGCUUGAUGAUAAUACGCCUCAAUUUCCGAGGCAUAACCUGUACGAUGGCUGGGAGGAGAUGGUUCAAAUAACUGACGAAAAACUGGAAGAUGUGUGCAAAGAAGUUAGAUGCAUUGAACCUGAAGCUGAGCUGAGUAGUGGACAACCAGCAGCAGUCAAAAGCCAUGUCUCACUAGACGACAUAGUGGAUAAGAAAGCUAUCUCUGAGUUUCUCUCACCUAGGAAGGAAGAAACAUUACCAACUCUAGAAUACGAAGAAAGCUAUAACUCUAUGGGUAAUGUGAGAGCCGAGAAUGAAGACGUGGAACUUAGCACACCUACAGAAAAGGAAGAACCUUUAUCAGCUCUGGAAUACGAACAAAACUAUAACUCUUCUACGGGUAAUGAGAAAGCUGAGAAUGAAGACAUGGAUAUAAGCACACCUGCAGAAAAGGAAGAAACUUUAUCAGCGCUGGGAUACGAACAAAGCUAUAACUCUUCUACGGGUAAUGAGAAAGCCGAGAAUGAAGAAAUGGAGAUUAGCACACCUGCAGAAAAGGAUUAUGUUGACUUAUCCUUGAAAACUAUAGAUGUAGAGUUGUGUCUAAACGCUAAGCCUGAGAUAUAUGACUUAAAUUUAAAGAAUUCGGAUUUGGAAGAAAAUGUUCAGUCAGAACAACAAUCAAAUGAAGACUGUGAAUUGAUUUCACUCCCUACGAAGAAGCAACCAGAAGAGACAGUCGAAGUGGAGUUAACACCCGAUGAUGCUAAGUUAGAUGAGGAUGCGACAUCUGGAGAUAAGUGGGAGAGAGAACUGCAUCAAGACACCAACAGAGAUUACAACGAAUCAUCUGUCUGCAAAAAUAUUGGGACAGAUGAUAUUGACAACAAC